AUGGCAGUCAGUACACCAAGCGGUAAAUCUUUGAGUCAUGAAACUACAGAAUCCGAGGUAGUUAAUCUCAGAGACAUUAAUAUGCCCAUAGAACAUAUACAGACUGAAGAUCCAUCCACUCAUAUUAAGGAGGAAUCAGACUCGUGUGACGAAGGAAAUCUCCAGGACACAGACAUUUAUACACCCGCAGAAGAUGCACAGAUAGAAUAUCCAUCGACUUAUAUCAAGGAGGAAUCGGUCUCAUUUGAAGAAACAAAUGUUGUUGAAUCUGCCAUUUAUACAAUCAAUGGAGAUAUACAAAUGGACUAUACAUCAAAGUGUGAAUUGGCAUCAAAUGAAAAACAAAUUCUCAUAAGCAAUAUUUAUACAGUCACAAACCAUACAGAGACAGAAUAUUUCCCUAACCUUAUUAAGGAAGAAUCUGCAUCACGUGAAGCCAGCACCCUCACCAGCUCUGAGGUUUAUACACCCACAGAAGAUAAACAGAUGGACUAUACAUCAAGUAAUGAAUCCGCAUCACACAAGCAAGGAAAUCGCAGAGACUCUGACAUUUAUACACCCAGAGAAUACACACAGACAGAGUAUCUAUCUGCUCCUGUUAAGGAAGAAUCCGCUUCAUAUCAAGAUGUAAAUCUCACCAUCUUAGACCUUCUUACCCCCACUCAUCAUACUGAAACACAAAACAAAGGAAAUA